CCCAAAUUUCCUCCGACCACCAUGCAUCGGCGAUUCCGGCAAGCGUACACCGCUCUCCGGGAACAUGGCAGCGUAAGCUAUGCCAAGAUCGCCUCGAUCAGUGGAUUCUACGACCUGGAUUUCAUCAUCAUCAAAGCGACGGCUCCCGACGAUGUCCCACUACCUGAAAGGUAUGUCCAAGAACUUGUGAAGAUCUUCACCUUCUCACCAUCCUCUUCUAGAGCCUUCUCAAUCUGCUUCACUCGCCGAUUCGGCAAGACUCAGUGCUGGCGAGUCGCAUUCAAGUGCCUCUUGCUCCUCCACCGCCUGCUUCGGUCCCUUCCAGAAUCCAAUUCCUUCCGAUCCGAUCUCUUAUGGUCCCGAUCCAACGGUUUUCUCAGCCUCUACCCAUGUCACUUCCGCGACGCUUCAUCAUCACCGUCGAAUUCUCGUGAUUUCACCCACUUCAUCAGAUCCUACGCCCGUCUACUAGAUGAGGCUCUGGAAUGCUUCUCGAUCGAUGAUCAUACGGCGAACGAAUUUCCUGAAAGCUUAUCGGAGAAGAUGAGGGAGAUCGGACGUGUCGUCGACCUCCUGCCUCAGCUCCAGAGUCUGUUAGACCGAGUCAUCGAGUGCCACCCGGUCGGUGCUGCCGCACGGAGCUUUAUUAUCCGAUCGGCAAUGAAGCCGAUCAUCCGUGACAGCUUCAUGUGCUACGCCGUAUUCCGUCACAACAUCGUCGUGCUGCUCGAUAACCUCUUCCAGAUGCAGUACCGGUGCUCGAUAUCGGCGCUGCGGAUUUACAAGAAGGCGGCAACUCAGGCGAGGCGACUCAGUGAGUUCUACGAGUCAUGUAAGGCGAUGGGGCUGUGUGGGGCGUACGAGUACCCGUUCGUAGACCAGAUUCCACAUAUACACGUGCGAGCGUUGGAAUCUUUUAUUAAUGAGAUGUGGCAGUUGACUGAAUCAUCAUCGUCCACGUCUAGGACCUCAUUAUCUGAAACAGAAUCCCCACCGUCCAGUUUCACGGAGGAUGGGAGUGAGAGACAGCUCGCACGGUUGGAGACCGUCGUCAGUACUGAGUGGGAGAAGUUCGAGGAGGAAGAAGUUGGGCCGUUGAUACAGUUGGAAGGCAAUGAUGUUGAUUGGGAGGUGCUUCUAGAAGCUUCUGCUGCCCGUUCUUGGGUCCCACACAACUUACUACACCAACCAGUCGGAUAUGGGUUCGGGUACGGAAUCGGGUAUGGAUAUGGCUGCAGAACAAUGGAGGGGAGAGAGCAAAACGUGACCGAUACAUGGCAGCUACAACCCUACAAUCUGAACCCGUUCGAUCCGUUCUAUUAUGGGUACGGUACGCCCAAUUGCUAUGAAGUCUCCAUGGGUACUUAUGCCCAUCCAUGGAGAUUGUAGCAUUUUUUUUUAAAGUAUCCUCUCCGAAGACGGGUAGAUAUCGCCCCAUACAAAUCUGAAAUAGCUCAAUGUGGGCGACAGGACCCGAUUUUGGAGAGGACAUACGAAG